AUGGAAUCUACAGAACUCACCUGUAAUGACAUGUGUGAUGAAAUACCAGGAAAAUGUAGGGAUGAUGAAUUGGAUGCAACAAAAAGUGUAACUUCUAUUACAAUGUCAACACCCAGUCAAAAUAACCCUACGGAAACCCAAGUUUUAUCACAAACAAGAAUUGUGGGUGAAGUAUCUCUGACUCCUACAAAUCGGUCAUUUACACCACAAAUUCUCAAUCCACAUUCCUCAAUGGUACCAAUUACCCCAAUGGCUAGCGCUGCCAGUCAAGUUAAAAGCAGUAUUAAAUUGCAAAAUUGUGUAGCAACUGUUAGUUUAGGAUGUGAACUUAACUUGUUAGACAUUUAUUGUCGCACUAGGUAUUCUGAAUACAAUCCAGCAAGAUUUCAUGGAGUGGUUAUGAAAAUUUUAGAGCCCCGGGCAACAGCUUUGGUUUUCAGAUCUGGAAAAAUUGUGUGCACAGGAGCAAAAAACGAACAUGAUGCUUACAUUUCAACCAGAAAAUUUGCUAGAAUUGUGCAGAAAUUAGGAUUUCCGGUAAAGUUUUUAAACUACAAAGUUCAAAAUUUUAUUGCAACUGCAGAUUUAAGAUUUCCCAUUAGAUUAGAAGCACUCCAACAAGCACAUGGCCAAUUUGCAUCUUAUGAACCAGAACUUUUUCCUGGCCUGGUAUAUAGAAUGGUGCGGCCAAGGGUUGUUCUGUUAAUAUUUGUUAAUGGAAAAAUGGUUAUUACAGGUGGCAAGUGUCGGUCUGAGAUCAAUGAAUCAUUAGAUAUUAUUUAUCCUAUCCUUAGAAGUUAUAGGAAAAAUUAA